AUGGACGGCCGCUGGAGAAUUAGGACAGAGGCUGGCACUGGCGGCGGUGCGACGUGCCGCACGACGGCCAACAAGUCGCCGCGCUCCCGCGAGGAGCUGCAGCACAGUCCCGUUGGUGGCCGCGUGCGGUCCCCGCGGCUGCCGGCCCAAGACGGCUGGUGGCCCUGGCAGGGGCACUGGGGACCGAUGGACAGCGCUAUAGUAACGCAUUCGCAGAAAAGCUGGCCGUAUUAUCCGAGCUCGCAUCUGUACAGCGCAUAUGGUCCGACAUUCGCCGGCCCGAUCAUGCGCGAGGACGUGGCUCCAGCGCCGCCGCGGCUGCCAGGCCGACCGAGAUCGGACCGGCCGCCGCUCAACGCCAAGCAGCUGAGCUCGUACAUCUCAAACGCAACCAGCACGGAGGUGCUGCUCGACUUGGCGGAGGAGCAUCUGACGAUCCUCAACCACUUCCACGUCGGGAACUUGUGGAACAAGCUGGGCAGGCACACGUCGCUGUUGCAGUGGACCGCCAUGGUGGUCUCCUCGUUUAACUCGCGGGCGCACUCCAACGUCGCGCACGGCGUCGCCAAGUCGGGCUUGCAGUUGCCAGAAUAUAUCAUGCGCUCGCUCAAUCAGGACCCCGGCGAAUGGGGCGCCUGCACGCGCACCCAGCUGCACCAAUGGCAGCUGUGGCUCUCCCUCGAGGGCCGCGCCUGGAUGGAUCCGAGGCUGGCGCAGUCGAUACUCCCGGCCAAGCUGCAGCAGGCGUGCCGCGACGCAAUCGCGAUGGGAUGCACGACGGUGUCGGAAUUGCAAUGCGCCGUCGGGAGGACGCUCCACGAGUCGUGCGACGACUUUGAGAGCGAAAUCAUCGACCCGCAGACCCUCUACUCACUCGACUUUGCGUCGCGAGCGAUGCGAAUCGCAGUCGAGGCGGCUCCCGCAGUCGACGGCCCGACGCACUUUUGCUGCUCCCUCGACCUGCUGGGCCAGCAAGUGCCGAGCGGCCCCACCCUGCUCAAGCGGCGCCAGCUGAUGGCGGCCGGUUGGCGCGUGAUAAACGUUCCAUACUUUGAGUGGCACCGCCUGGAGGGGCCGCGUGAGCGGCGGCGGUACAUCGAGAGCCGCGUCCGCUACGCAAUGGACGCGGCCCCGCAGCCAGGCAUCGUCGCCACCGCUGCGCGCUAG